UCUGCGUCAGAUUACCACGUGUAAAAUCGGCUGGUUCUGUGAUGUUUGUGAUUUCUAACCUCAUUCUGGAGGAUUUUGAAAGGAUGUGCAUAUAACAAACUAUGUCUGUUUACCACGACGAAAUUGAAAUUGAAGACUUUGAAUAUGAUGAAGAAGAAGAGACUUAUUACUAUCCGUGUCCGUGCGGCGAUAGGUUUCAAAUAACAAAAGACGAACUAAUUGCCGGUGAAGAAGUGGCUACGUGUCCGAGUUGCUCGUUGAUUGUCAAAGUAAUAUAUAACCCCGAGGACUUUACAGCAGAAACCGAAGAGGAGGCAAUAACUUCAGGCUUAAAAUCUUUGGAAAUCACUAAAUAAACAUGGCUGGCCGAGGAAGGGGUGGGGGUGGUCGUGGGAGAGGCCGAGGAGCGAUGUCUUUCAAUGUAGAACAGUUAGGAUUUGGGGCUGGUGAAGCAUUGCCGGGGCCUGUCCUUCAACCUCCACCUUUAUACCCUCCAUUGGAAAGGAGACCUGUUCCGUUGAAGUCUGGUUCAGAAGUUGAGUAUUUGUUAGCCCUGAAGAGAGACUACGUGGAGUUUUUGAAGUACUCUCCUGCUUAUGUUCUCCCUGCUGCCAAAGUCAAAGACAUCGAACGAUAUUCGGAUUACAAAAAUGUUGAAACGCCUAACAAAAACGGCGCUUUAGAUUAUGACUGGAAAAGAUUUCCGAUGGAGUUGCGACCUGUGGCGAGUGCCGUGAAGAAGAAGAGACCACCCCCACCACCUCAGAUAAAAGGCAAAUCCUCAAAGAAAGUGAGGUUUGCAGAAGACGUCAGCACCAAGCUUGAUGAACUGGAAAAACUUGAAGAGCAAGGAGAUGUUGAAGAAAAGAGUGAAGAAAACAAAGAAGAAGAGAAAGAGGAAGGCGAGCAGCAAGAAGGAGAGUUAGAAGAGGAGGAGGACCAGGAUGAAGAAAUGGAUGACGGGACUGAUUAUGUUAACAAUUAUUUUGAUAAUGGUGAAUCUUACUUGGAUGAGGAGGAUGAUAAUUUGGAUGAUGGACCAGUUUACUAAGUUGUGUACAUUUCAACUUAUUUCUGAUAAUGUCGUGUAUAUAUUUAUUUAUGAGUUUUAAAGGAGAAGUAUGUUAAAAAGUGAAGACAUGCAAAUUCAUCUUGUACAAAUAAUUAAAUACCUUUAUUUCUUCAUGAUUAAAUCUAUUCAAAGCCAUCAUGAAAUAAUUUCCUAAUGUAAAUAUGCUAUCCUAUUGUAAACUUAACUACAUGAAAUGUCUCUUAUCAUAUAAAGACAAGACAGAAUUUAGUACUAGCAAAAGCACUUGCAUGAAAGGUUGUAGUAAUAAUCACUGAAACCUAAUAAAAUGUACACCUCGCUGUGGCAGAAUCGUUCACAAGAAUAUUUACUGGCAUGACAAUGUUGUAGGUUACAUGGAGAACUAAACAAUGACUAACUUCAUGCACAGAAUUCAGAGUAAUUGCAUAACAAGAAUAAACUGUACAAAAGAACUAGAUAAUUGUUUACUUCAAAUACUAAGAAAUUCCCAGGAAACAGCAUUUGACUAGAUAUUCUGCAACUUAUAAUUCAGUCACAUUUCUUUGCCUAAGCAAACUAAACCAUUUAUAUUCAAUUCUUUCAGUGUAUUUUAUAGUCAAAAUUCGUGGCGCAAGUACUUGAGAUAGAUAAUUGUUUUAUUCCUGUGUGCAAAACUUGGUGCCACCAUCAAAUUUCAUUUAUUAUUUUUUUUAUCAUUUUCUUUUCCCUAAGUUCUAUAUUAUACACAAGGAUAAGCAUGUAGAAAUGGGAGAUUCUAAAUGUCUUCUAUGUGUGAAGACAUCUAGAUAAACAAACAAAAUUUUUGCCAGAUAAGCACUGUAAUUAGAGAUCACAUUGGCACAACCCUAUGUGACUGGACUUGUGAGACAUUUAGUUACAAACAUGUACUUGAAUACAUAUUGUUGUCUCACAAAAGUCCAAAUAUCAGAAUGAGUAUACUAAUAAUCUGGAAUGAAAUAUGGUGGAUACCAUGGAACACCAUCACAGCUGUUCCCAAAAUCUACAUCAAAUUAACAAUUCAGACUUUCCAAGAUAGUCAAUGAAAAUAAUAAUGAUCCACAGGCAUAAUACUGAAUUACUCAAGUUCUUCCACAAUAGGAAAUUUUUAAAAUAAAUACACACACAAAAUAUAAAGGAAACCACGUAACAAACACAUCAGAACAGACCACUCCAUAUUCACGCACACAAAUAUUAAAAGAGUAAUUAUAUUUGUCCCUAACCUAGAAGCUAGAUCCUGAAUCACUAGCCAAUGAAUUACUCAUUUUUCUUGCACACAAAAUAACAAAUGUAAAAAGGUUUCUUGCAUAAGAACAAAGCCCCUGAAGCUUUGGUGUCAGCACCCUGUAUACAUUCCUUUUCCAAUUUCUUUGCAAGUGAUCACACACAUGAAAACUAAAUUUGUCUAAAGAUAAAAUUGUAUCUCAGUAAAAGCUUAAAUCACUUACUGAAGAAUCAAGACUGACAUUUUAUACUUGCAUACUACACAUUUUGACAUUUUAUGAUCAAGAUGUGUCAUUUUUUUUUUUUUU